AUGACAUCCCAGCGAGGCAAAGCGGAGGGCGCCGCGGCGGCGGCGGCGGCGGCGGCGGCCUCGGGCCCACCGUUCAGCCCGCCUCUCUACCUGCAGCGGGCUCAAAAAAUUCUCCAGAUACUGCAAGCGAACAAAUGUCGAUCCUUCAUUGACGCCGGUUGCUCCCGCGGGGAUCUCCUGCGACUAAUUUUGCCGUGUCGUCUCUGCGAGCACUCCUUCACCCGCGUGAUGGCAGUUGACUUGGACGAGGAUUCAAUUCGCGAGGCCAGUGUUGUGGCGCCGCCCCCUGUCUUGUUGUCCCCGCUUGCGUAUCUGCAUCCUAUGCGUAUUGACUUUGUUCGAGGCGACCUCACGAGGCCACCACGCCUGCCCGCCUGCAGCGACCGAUCUGAUGAAGCGGAGGCGAACGUGGGCGGGUCAGCCGUUGUUUCUUCGCUCUCGCAGUUGCCGCAGUUUGAUGCGGUUAUUUCGGUGGAGGUGUUGGAGCACAUGGCCCCGCAAGAUGUCCCUGCCUACACCGAAGUCCUCUUCGCCCAUCUGGCAGCCAGGUCCGGCGCACGUAUUGUGGUCAUCACGACACCCAAUCGUGAUCGAAAUCUGCAUGCCGCCUUUGAGACCCCCAAUGGCGACGUCUGCGUCGACGCGUCUCCUCAAUUCGAGCGGAUCGCAACCGAACUUCCUUACCCCGUUCGCCACGUGGGCCACAAGUUUGAGAUGACAGCCGCGCAGUUUAAAUGCUACUGCGACUAUGUGGUGGAGGCCUAUUGUCCUUUGUGGGCUUCAUACACCUUUUUUGGCGUUGGUGACAAUUACACGCAAGGGGCAAUUUUUUACGCCGCUUCGUCGUCAAGUGGUCCUUUUUUCGUGGACGAUGUAAGAGCAACAUGCACAACAUUUGCGGCACUGAAGAAGAAGAAAAUGUCUGGAAAGCGAGAAGCUGGGGUGCUGCGAUCAUCGGCUUUAGGCUCGCGUGCUAAUGUGGCCUUCACUGCUGCCUGA